UUUUCGAACGGUCACUGUCCAGCAACGGCCCCCACGCUCCUUUUUUAAACUAUAAAUUUAUUUAGCUGUUUCUUCUACUAAUAGUAACAUUCCUUUCUGUCACACUGCCCAAAACACAUCCAACAUCGACACCGGAUGCGGUAGGAACGGUAGUAUCGGUACAGUACAACAACAAGAACAGCCCGACAGCUUUCUAACUAAGACCCCGGAUACCAACAACCACAGUGACCGUAGUCUUUGCAGCUCCCUCCUUUUCACACUUACACCACAAAUCAAAUAGAGCCCCAUCUAUUAUCUAGCUAGCUAUCUUGGUCAGUGUUAAAGAUGCCCUCUCUUACUAAUAAGAAUCCCCGUGCUACCGGUAGCAUUGCCUCGUUCGAGAAUGCGGUGGAGUUAUCCAUGACGUGGGAAGAACGUUGGAGCCAUGAUCGAUUUGAAGCAAUGUGCAAACUGUGGAACUUGAAGGACCAAGAUGCGCAGAACAUGCGGCAACUCCAAGAGAACCUAAAUGAUGUGAUUCACUGGAAGAACGAUCCCUUUGAAGUCAUGCGAUUCUACAAGGAAUACUAUCUCUACGCCACAUCUCCUUCGAGCAGUCAGAGUCAUCGCGGUACUGCUUUACGAAAAGUGGAAACCAUGUUUCGUCAAAUGAUUGCAUGGCGUCACGAGACCAAUGCCGAUACACUGUUGGCACGAAUUCCCACACCCGAUCCGCAUUGGCAUCAGUUGCCGUGUCAAAUGCUGGAAACGUGCGAUUACGACGGAGAUCCCGUUUUGGUCGAUCGCAUUGGAGCCGCCGAUAGUUGGGGACUCUUCCAACACUUUGGUGUCCAAGACUUUGUCCAACAGAUUUGCUGGAUUCGAGAACUGCAUUGUCAUCCUGCUUUUUGGCAGUCAUCACAAUCACAAAACACUAGUACUUCUACUACUUCUACAAACAGAAGACACGUCCGACACUUUUCCAUUGUCGUCGAUUUGCAAGGCCUUCAUGCCGGGCAUAUGCGACCGGGUCUCCUUCCACUCUUUCACCGGGUGGCCCGUAUUUCCCAAGAGUGUUAUGCGGGAUGGGAGAAACGGAUCAUUGUCAUUCGAGCACCCCGCAUUUUCAAAGUGGUAUGGAGUAUUACCAAACACUUUUUUGACAAGCACAUUCAAGAAUCCAUCAUUUUUGGAACGCAACAGGAUUAUCUACAAGUCCUCAGCCAAUAUAUGAAACUCGAAGGUUUACCAGACUGUAUUGCUCCCGGUGUGGGAACCGCCAAGGGAUAUCCGGGAUACUUUCAACAAGUCUCCUUAGCGGGUGGGCCCUUUCGACGAAUCGAAGACAAUGACAAUCAUGAUGACAUCAUGCUGAACAAAGAAGCGGGAUACGAAACUGGCUCUGUCUCCAGCAGUGACUCGUCUUCCGAGCAAAGCUGCAAAUCCAAGAAGAACCGGCAUAGUGUCAAGGUAGUCAGUUCGUCCAUGAUGAAGGGCACGUGGAAGCCAACGUCUACUACCAAUGCGACACCUUCGAUUCGAAUCACUCAAAGUGAGAGCAAUCAUCGUUCCAUCCUCGCAGCCAUUUAAUAAACACAACAAAUCAAGCCACCAAACUAACAAACAGUUUCAGACAACGAAUGGCUAGCGAUUGAAGACCUCUGGAAUCAAUCGAAUCGAAUCAAUCUGCAAAAUCACUCUCCACGUACCGUAUGCCUGCAACCUAGCUCUAACUAGUAGAUACCGUAGCUUUAUCGUUAAAUGCUUCUAAUUUCUAUUUUUCAUCUGC